AUGGGGGUUCGUUGGGUGGUGCACAAAGUGCACAAGAUGGAGGAGGAGUCCCCUCAGGAGGAUAAAAAGGGGGAUGCGAAGCUGCAAGUCACAAUCUCGGCACCGAACACGUCUGAAAACGGCGACGAUCGACCACGUGCUUCCGAUCAAGAAGAGUUCACGUGUUCCCUUUACAUAUCGCGUGCCGUUGGCCCGCAAGGCCAAGUGCAAGGAACGCAAGUUGGCGAGCUGUUACGUUCGAAUCUGGAGGAUGUGAUCCGUGUGUCGGAACCCCUGGCGGCGUGGCACGUGUCCGAAACACCCUGCGGUCUGAUCGCUGCGUUCGCUCGGGAGGUUGACGCUGAGAAGCUUCUGCAACGCGGCGACUUGGCGCGAGUUUUCGAAGGACCCGUACAAGUGGCCAGAUUCUCGGCGAAGGACUCGCGGUACAGGCAGGCGGUGCUGUUGCGUGACGUACCCUGGGCAAUUCCUCUUCAGGACAUCAAUUCCGCCCUGUCGAAGCAGGGGAUCGCGACGGGAAGCGUCGAACGUUGGCGUCAAUACGUUCGCGUCGAGGUGCUCGAUGCCGGGCAUUACGAGCUGCUUUUACGUCAAGGCUUGGUAUUCUUCGGCGCUGCCCGAUUCAGCGCGAUCCCGGAACGUUGGUGGCGCGGCGGGACUGGAAACGGCGGGGGAUCCCUACAGCCGGGACCGGGAAUGGUCAGCAAUUUCCUCGAGGCGACGAACUUCCAAACGGGGGACGGUGUUCUUCAGUGUUAUCGAUGCCAGGGUUUCUGGCACAUGGCAGCCAAUUGCAGACACCUGCCCCGUUGCGUUCGAUGCGGGGAACCGCACAGCGUCGAGUUCUGUCCCAGGCCGCGGAACAAUCCGAUUUGUUGCCACUGUUCCGGCCCCCAUCAUGCCGGCUAUCGUCAAUGCCCAGUUCGCCAGCAACUUUCGAAUGCUACGCCUAUUAGUAUCACGCUGAGCACAACCCGGAUCGGGAAUCAGUAUCCGGUGAACACCGCAACGAAGACAAGCCCGUCGUCCCACGAGCAGCAACCCUUGAAAUCCAGCCAGUCUUAA